AUGAGCGACGAGCAGCAAAAUCAACAACCCUUUUCUGGAGGAGACUUCAGCGACCUGAGCGGUGCUGGUGGUUCCUACAGCGACCCCAUGUUUGACCCCAGUCACCCUUACUGGUCACAGUCUAGCUCCUCUGCCGAUAUAGUAGGCGACUACGUCCGACUGAACCCUGGGUCUUUGAAAGAUACAGGCGGUAAAUAA